CUUGAACUCCCACCAUCUGAGGCCUGGUCCAAUGCCCCACGGUGCCAGCUGUCUCGAGCUUACUCUCCCCCGGGCCUUCUCUGCUUGAUAUCGAUGCUUGACUCGUUGUGUGUAUCAGUCAACAGUGACCACAGUGAAUUAGUGCUUGACCACCUGACCUGGGCCAGUCUAUCGUCAUUACAAGAAACUGUCCCCUAUCGGCCACAGGUUUCAUCCACCGUUGAUACUGUAACUGCCACAUCACCAUAUUUCCAUUGUAGUUUAUCUUGUCUCGUGAUGGCCAAAACUUUCCGUCCGCAUCCCCCCAAUGCCAGCGUGGUCGCCGUACAUCCUCGUGGGAGAGCAAUGGCCAGUCCAGCUGGGGCGAUUGAACUUCCCGACCUGCCACUAGCAGCUCGUGGAUUUAGGAAUCUUCCAGGGUUUGGCUGGGCCAUUGCACACAAACAAGCUCUCUGCAGACGUAUGCGUUUUUCGCGAUGA